AUGGACAGUGAGGCCUGCCAGCGAGGAUUCUACCGUCACUCCCUGGAGACUAAACACUGCCUGAAGUGCCCCCCUAACAGCUUGUCCAAUGAGUCAGGGGCUACAUCUUGUUCCUGCAAUGCAGGCUUCUACCGAGCACCUUCGGAGGGCCAGAACAUUGCUUGCACCCGACCUCCCUCAGCUCCCCGCAAUGUCAGCUUCUCCCUCAUUGGCACGCAGCUGAGUCUGUGGUGGCAGCCACCCAGUGACCAUGGUGGACGAAAGGACGUGACUUACACAGUCUUCUGUCAUCGCUGCCAUUUCCUGUCGUGUGAGCCAUGUGAGGCUGGUGUGGUGUUCUCCCCCAGUGCUUCUGGUCUCACUAAACCCGCUGUGGAUGUGGAUGGCCUAGAAGCUUACACCAACUACACAUUUGCUGUGGAAGCCCAUAAUGGUGUCUCAGGGAUGGGACCUGCUCCACAGAGAACUGCUCCAGCUGUCUGGGUCGCCGUUGGACAUGCAGCUCCAGUGACAGUGUCCCAGUUUAUCCUGACACAAAGAGAUGACAGUAGUCUUUCUGUUUCUUGGCUUGCCCCACGGCAGCGCAGCCGGACCUCAGUGGAGUAUGAGGUCAUGUUCUUUGAGAAGGGAGAGGAGGCACGUUACACUGUGAAGCACCUUCUUGAGCCAAAUGUCACUCUGACAGACCUGCAGCCAGACACAGCCUACCUGCUUCGUGUGAGAUCCAUCACACCACUUGGGCCUGGGCCCUACUCCCCAGAUCAGGAAUUUCGCACCCUUCCACCAGACACGGGAGCUCUGUCUGGUGGAGUCAUAGUCUCUAUUAUCUUCGGAGUUCUACUAUUUAUUGGGCUGCUUAUGGGACUUCUGAUUUUUCGACGAAAGCAGGCUCGUCGGAGACAAGCACGACCAGAUUACAAUACUUCAGGUUUUGAUCGAGAGAAGGUCUGGUUGAAGCCCUACGUAGACCUGCAACCAUAUGAUGACCCCAGCAGAGGGGUGCUGGAAUUCACUAAGGAGCUGGAUGUCUCUUGUGUCACUAUGGAGAAUGUGAUUGGAGAGGGGGAGUUUGGGGAGGUCUAUCGUGGGUCCCUGCGGCUCCCAGGGAAAGAACGUAUUGUGGUUGCCAUCAAGACCCUGAAGUCAACGUACUCAGACUCACAGUGGUGGAACUUUCUGCGCGAAGCAACAAUUAUGGGGCAGUUCAAUCACCCGAACAUUGUGCGUUUGGAAGGAGUUGUCACCAAAAGGAGGCCAAUGAUGAUCAUCACUGAGUAUAUGGAGAAUGGAGCGCUGGAUACCUUCCUCCGGGAGAAUGAGGAAAAAUUUAGCCCUGUGCAGCUUGUGAGCAUGCUGCAGGGAAUAGCCUCUGGCAUGACCUACCUUUCAGAACACAACUAUGUGCACCGGGAUCUGGCUGCUCGCAACAUCCUGGUAACACGCAGUCUUCAGUGCAAAGUGUCUGACUUUGGUCUCUCCCGAAUAUUGGAGAAUGAUGCAGAGGGAACCUAUGAAACCAAGGGUGGUAAGAUUCCCAUCCGAUGGACAGCCCCAGAGGCCAUUGCUCAUCGGAUUUUCACCUCAGCCAGUGAUGUCUGGAGCUUUGGAAUUGUCAUGUGGGAGGUGCUGUCGUUUGGUGACAAGCCAUAUGGGGGCAUGACCAAUCAAGAG